AGGUCGCGACCCCGGAAGUGCUUGCUGCGUGCGGCGAGCUGGAGGCGGCAUGAGCGACACGUGGGGCUCCCUGGGCGUGAGGCUGAGCCGCGGGGUGGAGGAGACGCUGGAGGCCCUGGGCUUCACCACCACCACCCCCGUGCAGGCCGCCACGAUCCCCCUGUUCCUCAACAACAAAGAUGUCGCGGCCGAGGCGGUCACCGGCAGCGGGAAGACGCUGGCCUUCGUCAUCCCCAUCAUCGAGAUGCUGCUGCGGCGCGACGGCGGCCUCCACAAGAUGGAGGUGGGGGCCAUCAUCAUCACCCCCACGCGGGAGCUGGCGGUGCAGAUCGACGAGGUGCUCGGACACUUCCUCCAGAGGUUCCCGCAGUUCAGCCAUAUCCUGUUCAUCGGAGGCAGCAACCCGAUGGACGACGUUCACAAGUUCCAGGCGAACGGAGGCCACGUUAUCGUGGCGACGCCGGGCCGGCUGGAGGACCUGUUCAAGCGAAGCGACGAGGGCCUGGACCUGCGUGGCGCCGUGCGCAACCUCGACGUGCUGGUGCUGGACGAGGCCGACCGGCUGCUCGACAUGGGCUUCGAGGCCUGCCUCAACACGAUCCUGAGCUUCCUUCCGAAGCAGCGCCGCACGGGGCUCUUCUCGGCCACGCAGACGCAGGAGCUGGAGGCGCUGGUGCGCGCCGGCCUGCGCAACCCCGUGCGCAUCGCGGUGAAGGAGCGCGGCGCGGCCGAGAGCAGCACGCGGCGCACGCCCGCGCGCCUCGACAACUAUUACGUGAUCUGUCGGGCGGAGCAAAAGUUCAAUCAGCUCAUCGCGUUCCUUCGUGCACGCAAACAGGAGAAACACCUCGUAUUCUUCAGCACGUGUGCCGGCGUAGAGUAUUUCGGCAAGGCUCUGCAGACGCUGCUGCACGGCGUCACCGUGAUGUCCAUCCACGGCAAGAUGAAGGACAAACGCAACAAAAUCUUCGCCACGUUUCGGAGCCUUCCCAGUGGCCUCCUGGUGUGCACCGACGUGAUGGCGCGUGGCAUCGACAUCCCCGAGGUGGACUGGGUGCUGCAGUUUGAUCCUCCCUCCUCCGCCAGCGCGUUUGUCCACCGUUGUGGGAGGACCGCGCGCAUCGGGAACCAUGGCAGCGCCCUCGUCUUCCUGCUGCCCAUGGAAAGCGCCUACGUCAACUUCCUGUCCAUCAACCAGAAGUGCCCGCUGACGGAGCGCGCGAUCCAGAGGGACGUCGUGGACAUCCUGCCGCAGGUGCGCAAGGCAGCGCGCACGGACCGCGCCGUCUACGAGAAGGGCAUGCAGGCCUUCGUGUCGUGCGUGCAGGCCUACGCCAAGCACGAGUGCAGCCUCAUCUUCCGCAUAAAGGACAUGGACCUGGGGGCGCUGGCACGUGGCUUUGCGCUGCUGAGGCUGCCGCGCAUGCCGGAGCUGCGAGGGGUCCGCGUGACGGGGUUCGUGCCAGAUACCAUCGACACGGACACGAUCCCCUACCGCGACAAGCAGCGCGAGAAGCAGCGGCGCGCGCGCCUCGCGCAGCCACCGCCACCGCCAGCGGACGGAGACACCGUGGAAGAGGGGCAGGAGGGGGAGGGAUCGCGGGUGACGAGCGAGCCAGGAGAGGGGGGUCAGGUCAAGGGUCGAGGUCGCAUUUACAAUCCCAGGCCCAAGCCCUGGUCGAAGCAGGCGGAGCGACGGAAGCGCAAGCGAGCGCGCACCGCCAAGGCCAGCGCCCGGCAAGAGGAGUCGGACUCGGAUGAUCAAGACAUGAAAGAGCUGGUCAAGGACACACGGCUCCUCAAGAAGCUAAAGAAAAAGAAGAUCAGCACGGAGGAGUGCGACCGGCAGAUGGAGGGUGGUGCGGCGCAGUGAGGUCAGGCCGCGUCGCGCCGGGAGAGAGGGGCAAGCGUCUCCAGCUCCACGGCGGGAGGGGGACGCCGCCGCUCCCUCGCCCUCCCCCACCCACAACCCACCACACCCCCAGCCUCCGGCCAAUCUCGAGACGCGGCUGGGUGGGGAGACGCGGCUGGGUGGGGAGCGCGUGCCGACGUCGCCGCACCUUAUCGCGGGUUCGUGGGGUGAAAGGCCGCGGACACCGUGCCGGCCCUCCACGCCGGAGUAGCCGAGUGCUUCGGCUGCUCUCGACGCCUCGUUGUGGAUGAAGCGUCAACAUUAAACAGCGACGCCUUCGCACGUGGGGACGCUGCGGCGGGAGGACGCGGCGGGAGGAAGAGCCGCGGUCGCGCGCCGGGUGCGCACGGAGCACGUCGUUAUUCGAGACUUCGCAUCUCUAACAAGGCCCAAGAGUCUAACCCUGCUCCGUCUGCCGUGGCCGUAAUCUCAGAUGCGACGGCUCUGCCAUCACCCUCAAGUGUAGCUUCACCAUAAAAGCGGUAUCUCGCAGCUGUUGGUCUCUCUGAUGUGUACAGGUGCAGCGGUGUUAUAAAACCCAUGGACACGAGGCUUGUAAAGUGAACAACUUUAACGACUUUGGGGUGUGUGGCCUGCGAUGGACUCACCACCAGGUGAUGCAGCAGCAAUUCCCAGCAGCGCUGCACCUUCUGGUUGAGCAGCAUGUCGACGAAGUCGUUGAGGAAGUAUCCUGCGCACGCGCAGGGAGAGGGCAGCGGGUGAGCGGGUCACGAACGGAGCGCCUGGCACUCCACGGCACGCCGCAUCCGGCACGCGGACGCUCUGCGAUGCGCCGUGGAAGGGGGUGACCGCUCUGGGCCUGCUCCUCGCAGCGUCGUGCCGGACGGCUGCCCCGCUCGCCCACCAAUGAGGCGGAGCGGUCGAGACGCCUUCAGCUGUCACUUGGCUUCACCUCGACCGGGACAAGGUGCCCCAUGCCCCAAACGCCUCUGUCCACCCAACAGCAUCAAUGGAUACGACCACUGUUAUUGGCUGGUCGUGUGCAGUGGGGGUAAAUCGGAGGGACUCCCACCUCCAACGCGUCUGGCCAGCGUGGAAGAGUAGGCCAAAUACCCUUACCACCAAAUCUAAUGUUAUGUAACCGUAACCUCCGCUGGGCCCUGCCACGCAGUGUGUGUUUGUCACCACGGGAGCGGCGUGGGCCUGCGGGGACACGCCCAGAGCGUCCCGCCGCACCGGCCCACGGCUUCACCGAGUCGCCUGUUUUGUGUGCGCGGGACGGUUCGCCCACCAACGACGCCACCGAUUCUGGGUGUUGAUUCCAUUAAAAGAAUGUAUUAUUUCA